UGUAGCUUUCCAGGACAGCGAGAGGAAGAUCGAAACAAGGAAGAAAACCCAUCGCCAAACUCCUACUCAAACGUCAAGCCGAGUCUUUUUUGUUGUUGUUGUUGUUGUUGUUGUUCCGCGUCCGUUUCCACCAUGAAAGCCAUCAGUCCCGUCCGCUCGGUGAGGAGCUGCUACAAGGCCGUGUGCUGUAUUUCGGAGCAGAGUCUCGCCAUCAGCCGGAAUAAACACUCGUGUCUGGAGGAGCCGGUGAGCGCCCUGUGCGACAUGAACGACUGCUACUCCAAGCUGAAGGAGCUGGUGCCGAGCAUCCCGCAAAACAAGUCGGUCAGCCAGGUGGAGAUCCUGCAGCAUGUCAUCGACUACAUCUUCGACCUGCAGAUCGCGCUGGAGGCGGAGGACACAGCCACGCCGGAGAUGGUGUUGUCAAUAAAGACUGCGGACCUUGCUCGCAAUUUCUCCAAAGAAGAAGGACGGUUGUGCCACUAGGACGAGGAUGACAGAUUAUGGUGCAGGGAAACACAUGUCUCCACUUCACUCCGGGCAAGAGGACAAGAGGGGCAGAAAGGGUGGGAUAGGUAUUUGGGAGAGAAGGAGAAGAAGAAAAAGAAGAAGAAGGAGGAGGAGGGAGGUGGAGGGUUUAAAGAAAGAAAGAAAAGACAGAAAAAAGUGGACUGUUUCCUAGAUGAGUGGGGAUCAACAGUAGUGCAUGAGCAAGAAAACAGAGACUCAUUCUUUGGCCCCUGGACAGACAAAUCAACACACCAAAGCAGAAGCCAGGAUUGGAAACUGAAAGCAAGCGGCUUUGUAUGCCCUCCUCAACGAAACCUGGGAUUCCCUAUAGAUAGAAGUAGAAAUAUUGGUACAUUGUUGUUUUAUUUUCUUUUAUUUUUUGUGUUGCAUUCCAAACAAACUUUACGUGGGUUAAACUCACACCCAACCUGAACCCAUUCACAUCAUCUCACAUAAUUUUCCCUGCAUUAUUCCCACCAAACCCCCCACAACCCCCAUACCCCCCCC